AAAGGUUAAAGCAGAAGAAGUUCCAACCAGGGUGGAAGCUCUUAUGGGAGAGUUACGCGCUGCAAGAAAUGAAGUUUCAGCUGCACGUGCAAAAGCUGCUAUCUACAAAGCAUCAGCAGUUGCUAACAGGGCAUUUACCGUUGGAACUUCAAAAAAGAUUAGGAUGGUAGUUGAGUGCAUGGAAGAUAUUGAUGCAGAUUCUCUUAAGAGUGCUGCAGAAUAUUUGGUAGAUUUCUUACAAGAUCCAGCUGCCGUGAUCCUAGGCUCAUGCCCUAGUGAAGAGAAGGUCAGUCUGGUUGUUGCUUUAACCCCGGGAGUAGUAGAUCUUGGAAUUAAAGCAGGUGAAAUAAUAAAGCCUAUAGCUAAAUUGUGUGGUGGAGGAGGGGGCGGCAGACCUAAUUUUGCACAGGCAGGUGGAAAGAAGCCAGAGAAUUUGGUGGGUGCGCUGGAAGAAGCUAGAAAAGACAUAACAAGGCAGCUUGAAAAAUGAGAGUAGAAGUAUCCACAUUCAUGGAGGAUGAAGAUGAUUGCGAUUCCAAUACUACUAAUCUGAACUGAACUGACGUUUAAGAUAAAUGGAACGCAAAAAGCAAAUGAUAAUAGUGGUGGUGGUGGUGGAUGGAAUCAGGGAAUAGGUAGGUUAUAGGUAGGUAGCCGACGUUGCGCAUCACCGAUGGAGGUGUAGCCCUUUUCUUAGUAUCCUGAAUCUGUUGGCGGGGCUUCAUGUAAAAUCUUGUACAUGAUAUUAUUAUUAUUAUUAUUGCAAAUAUGCUUAAACCGAAA